CUUGCAGUUGAUUGCGUUGAGUCAGUUGUUUCACGUAAACCCAAGUGGGUUUGCGUAUCGGCUGGUGCCCGGUUUUUCUAUCGUAUUUACGACGUUGUUUCAACUCCCCGCCGUAUGACGUGGUAAAAAAAAUAUAAGGAAAUUUCGUAACUAUGCCAUUUCUCGGACACCGCAAAUAUCCAGCGACGACGGCGAUUCGUCUGGUUAUCGCGGCGACGUAAACAACCCAGGAGAACCCAGACUUUGUGUGUGCGGUGUGCUGCGCCGCGGUGUGUCGUGCAAGUGCAAACGCGUCUGCUAAAUAAGUGGGAAGAGAGUCGAGUCGAGUCGCUCUCGGCCAGUCGCGGCUGCUUGUUUCUCCGAAACUGGGAUAGAUUUUUAACCCGUGUGUGUGCGUGCUGUGUCAAGUGUGAAGUGUGCGACGGCAAUCGACGACGUCGCAACACUUCGACUCGGUGAUUUUGUAUAUAUCAACGUCGUCGCCUCUAUGCACCACCUAUGCCUGGUGACAAUCGCUAAGCAAUGUAACCCUCAUCGUGACGUCACGUACCUAAUCAAGUGCACACACACACAUAGGUAGACGCAACUAAGGACGGGAACAGCGCGCCUCUCUACACGUAUUAUUACACCCGUGGACCGUGGAUCGUGAUUUGGGUCGACGACGACGACGACGACGUGAAUAUUGAAUCUAGGUCGGAUGUGACGUGUUUUCUCUGACCUCCACGGAUUUAUACACGUAUUAUUUAAAAAGAUCGACGACGAUAUUUGUCUAACAAUCAGUGUGCGCGUGUGUCCCGUGUCUGUGUUAUACUACCGUUGCUCUUGCCACCGCGACUGACGAAGUAAAAAGCAGUGAUUAUUACAUGUAUAAGCAAAAUAUAUGUACAUAUAAUACAUACGUGUGACUCCUCUACCAUUUGGUUUUCUACGAUAAGGAAGAAGAAUUAAUUAUUUUCAUUAUCCAUGUAACUUGAAAAAUUUAUUUAUAUAAAUUUAAACGUGGUGGGUGAAGAAGAAGAAGAAGAAAAAAUUUUGUGGAGAAGAAACGCAAGUUGUGUUGAUGCGGAUAACACGGAGAAAAGAAGAGUGAAAUACUUACCUACAUGUACGUGUGUCUUGUGUGUAUAUUGCUAUAGAAGGGGAUUUAUAAAAUGGUUCGUGCCGAGGCUGACUAGUGAUAGUGGUGUUGUUUUUAUAUUUAUAAAUAAAAAAUAUACGUGAUAUACAUAUAUAUAUAUAUAUAUAUGUAUGUAUAUAUAUAUAUUCGUACAUGAUUGUUAAAAAAUAAAAAAAUACUAUUGCGAGAAAAGGAAAUUAAUCGAUACGCUAACGAAGCGUAAAAUAGUAAAGUGUAAUAUUUAAAAACUACUACUGCUCGAAGAAGAAAAGAAAGAAAGAAAGAAAGAAAAAAAUCAACGACGACGAGUGUGUUGAUCAGUUUAGUUUAUAACGUACAUCAGUGAUCACGGAUUUCUCUUCGCUCUAUCAUCUCUCGCCCAACCUCGAUGAGAGGAGGCACAUGUCAAUUGCUGCUGCUGAAAAUGCAGGGCCUGGCCCGUGUGAUCUACAAGACCCGGUGUGGGUCAAAAUGAGUGCAGUCACUGGUAACAACACCAAGAAAAGAAAGAAAUCAGAUGCCAAGCCCCAGUCUCAGCUUAACAAGUGCCUUAAUGAAAAGAGACGGAGGACCCAGGAGAACCUCUACAUCGACGAGCUUGCCGAGCUGAUCUCCGCCCAGGACAUGAGCUCUGGCAAGACCGAUAAAUGUCAAAUUCUCCAGAGAACAGUCGAUCAGAUCCGGCACAUAAGACAACAAGAAGGCUCUAAUAGUCAUGCUGUACAGCAGGGGGAAGUUUCCUCGUCAAAUCCCAACAUAUUAUCUAAUGACCAAGUUGGCCCUAUUUUACUUGAGGCAUUAGAUGGAUUUUUAUUCGUUGUGAACGCCGAGGGGAGAGUCGAGUACAUUACGGAUAAUAUAUCUCAAUAUAUUUCUUAUACAAAAGAUGAUGUGUUUGGAAAAGAUAUCUAUAAUAUUAUACAUCACGGAGAUCAUAAAACGUUCAUGGCAAGCUUGCUUCCGAUGUCAAUAGGGUUGACAAGCGAGCCUCAACCACAGACGAGAAAUCGGACAUUUAAUUGCCGUUUUUUGGUGAAGCCUCCUGAUGAUAAAGAAGAGACUAUGGAAGAGAAGCAACAGAGAAUAUCAAAGUACGAAACUAUGCAAAUCUGUUCAGCGCUUCUUCCAAACAACACAGAUCGCCUAGAAAGUGGAGACGUUUCCUCAGAAUCCUUAGAUGGGCCAUGCAUGAUGUGUGUUGCCCGGCGAAUACCCCACAGUGAAAAGCCGAUAACGUCCAUUAAACAAUUCACUGUUAAACUUGACACUAUUGGCAGGAUUACAUGGAUCGACAGCAGCGGCUUGUCUCCUCCAUACUCCAAGUACAUAAGCAAGGACCUAAUUGGCUCUAAAAUACAAGACUUGUGCCAUCCACUGGAUGUGAAUAAGUUGAAUGCUCAUUUGGAUAAUACGCUUCACACCCAUGAAGGCACGAGUACAAUGUAUCGGCUCCGUGUGAAAGCAGACAAGUUCCUUAACGUGCAAACGAAGUCAAGACUCUUUAAAGCAAAUGGGAUUAAUGGCCACGAAAGUGAUUUCUUGAUGGCAACACAUUCUAUUAUUGGGGACAAUGAGUUAACGCCUAACGAGGGUGGUCAGCUUUCCAACAGCAAAACGUGCUCUGGACAUUCUAGUAACCAUUGUACGAAUAGUAGUAAUAAUAAUAAUGGUAACAAUAACAAUAACGUCGGUGGUCCAUUGAUGACCGGGGCUCAUCUUAAUGGCCAAUCGAGUUGCAAUACCGGCCGGGGGCUGGCAGCGGCACGGGCACCAACAUCCUCCUCCUCGUCAAACUUGAAUGUAUUUAGUGCAAACGAUACUUCGUCGUGCAAUCCUUUAACUUCACUGAGUACGACAAGUAAUUCGUUCAACCAAUUUUCGGGGAACAUGGAAUUGGACUUUGAGCUUUUCCCUAGUACCACAUGGGAACCACUGGACAGCGGACAUAGUUGGGGAGAUCGAUCUGACUCGAGGGCAAGCGGACCGACUAAUUCUCGACCCCCCUCGCAGCCAGCCCCGGCAUCUCCGAGCCCCCAAGGAUCAUACUCCGUUAAUUCUGCUACUGGCGCCACAUCCCACUGUAGCCCAAUGCGCGCAUACAGCCCAACCACGGUGCACACCAGUAGAUCCUUCAGUAAUUCCUUCUCGUUCAGUCCUCUUCAGGAGACGCAAACGGCGGUCACUGCCACACCUUCAAGCGCUAAUACCAACGGGGGUGGUGGGGUAUUGGCUAACAAGAGAUUGGAGGAGAGCAAGGGAUGCCCACCUGUUACACCUGUCAAUGUUGAUACAAACAAAAGUCAGCAUAGCGCCGCACCAGCCCCAGACACACAGAACUGUACUGUUUCUACAGAGUCUCGAAGACUCAGGAAUCUUUUGACCAAGGGAGCUAGCACUAGUGACGAAAAUCAAGACAAUAUCAAUAAUACUGUCUCUGACAACCAAAACAAGCAUAGGAUACUGAAGACAUUGCUUAAGGAGGCUGAUGAUGAGGAUCUUCAUCUUGAUAUAGAUAACAAAAAAGUACGGCCAAGCAAUAGCGGUAUAUCCAAAUCCAGCACCGAUCAUUCCAAGACUUCAAGCGGAAACAACAUGUUGUUGGAGUUAUUAAAUGACAAAAAUGACGACGACGACUUGGAAACCAGAGCGGGUUUAAAGAAGCGGCAUGAACUUUUACAGCAGCUCCUAAAAGACCAGGACGAAGAAGGAAAAAGUCACGACUCACAGAACCGCGGCGAUGAUCCUCUAUUGAAAAGUCUUGGAUUUAAUAACCCGACACCACCGCUGUCACAAUCAGGCAAUCAUGGAGGCCAGUCACAAGUUGGUCAAAAGAGACCAGGUGAGACUGGAGAUGAAGAUUUGGCUGCAAAACGUACAAUGGACGGGCUGCACCAAGUAACUUCUUCUGGCAAUAACUCGUCCUCGAAUGCCUCAACCAGUAAGCUAUGGGAGAAGAAUAAAAUGCUCGCCUGGCUUUUAGCACAACAGCCCUCUGAACCGAAAACUAAACCUUCAGUACCUCUCCAUGAAUUAUCAGCAAUUCCACAGGAAACGCUACCUCGCAUUAAGGCAGCACAGCAAAAAACCUGGGCCACUGCGCAACCAGUUGUUAGUAAUCCAUCUACAACGACAAGCACUCCGAUCCAAAGUCAACCUCGACUACCUCGCACUUCGACUAAUAUCUAUGAUUUUAAUCCGCAACAGCGACCUCAAGUGGGUUCUAUGAAUCCAGAAUUUGGAACUACUAGUGGAGAAACUCGUCGUUCUGUUCAGGUAGAACAGAAUUGGCUGGAAACUUCAGGGUCUGAUCCCAUACUUUCUGAUCUAUUAGAUCAAGUCAUAGACAUUGUGCCAGAUACAAUCACAGAUCCAACAGCGAUCAUAAAUCUUUUAGACAUCAUCGAAUCGCCUCAGAAUAAUGCUGUAGACGAGAAAAUAGCUGCUAUUAACGCCAUUCACAAGUCAUUGAUACUAUGCGAAACUGUAGUGAACCCUACGUCUUCCACGAUAACGAUGCCUGGAACACCGCCUGCAUACUCCACCGCAUUGGGAAAUACUCCUGUGACAACCGGCCAUAAUUACCAGCCACCUCCUAUGUACCAGCAACAGCAGCAAAGGGCAAGAUUUAAUAACGUCCAACAGAAUGUUGUACGCCAGUCAUCAGCCCAAUUCAGUCAACAACAGUUACAGUUGCAACAGAGAACUAAGCAGCUUCAACAUCAACAGCAGCAACAGCAGCAACAGCAACUUAAGCAACGGUUGCUUCAGCAACAGCAGCAACAACAACUUCUUAUACCUUCUAAUGCAACUGCCACUGACCAGUUACCGACCGACAUUCACAACAUUGAUAGUCUACUCAACAACACAGUGGCGCCUAACGUUUCACUACAGCGAUCGAGCGUCUCCGACUCUCAGGUAUCACCGGGUUAUGGAGGAUUAUCCGUCCAGUUGCCUUCCACGCAUCGUCUUACUCAUUCAUACUCACACCCUUCAACGUUACCUCAACACUCUGUUGUGAACACCAACUUCAAUAACGGGCAACAAGGAUCAGCGGCAGCGAGGCUCUCCCCACACUCGCCCGCUAGCAUUUUGUCAUUUUCACAUCCACAAUCGCUAUCUCCUCGCGUAACUCAGGGAAAUUACGGCAACGGACCAAGGAUGUUCGUAAACUCAGUAAGACCGCAACCGCAACAGUCUGUCUCACAGCAACAACAGCAACGAUCCAUGCCAUCGCCUGGAACGCCUGCUUCGGCAAGGCAAUCUCCUUUUCCUGCAGACACCUUUCCACCGCCACCUGCCUCACCUACCGCUGGUCAAUUUCCUCCGGUUCCUAAUGCAGGUGCGGCGAAUCCCUCAGGACAAUAUAGACUUCAGCGAACUACAUCAACUCCAUCAGCAACAACACAGCUGCCAGGUGGGAUAAAUUCGCCCAGGCACUAUGGGGGAAUGAAUAAGGAGCAGCCUCUUCUGUCGCCAAGUCACCCUCAUUCUGGCUGUCCGUCUCAGCCAUCGCUGAACCAACACAAUGUCACCAACGCCCAACAUCUAUCGAAUCAACACCCUGCUAUGAUUUAUCACUCAAACACCACACUCAACUCCACUGAAGUACAGAAUAACCAAUUUUGUUACGAUCGAGCGUCCGUUUCACUCUAUUCGUCGGGGCCUGGGGAUACAUCGAACACCAGGCCUCUGCCUCCUGGCAAUCCCAACAGUCACCAAAUGGGUGGUAAUACGGGAAGCGGUGGGACUAUGACGGAGUUUGUUCGACAGGAGUUGAGAGCUAUUGUUGGCGCUCGAACACAACAGCAGCAACAACAGAGGAUACCCAACAACAUCCAAAACAAUUUAUCUGGUCAAGUUUCUGCGGAAGAACUCGACGCCCUUGGUUUAACUUACGAGAUGUCUUCUGCAGGUGAGGCUGUGGUUAGUGAUGGCCCCGCCAAAAGCUGGGCCAUUGGGAGUGCUGGAAGUGCACCCUCUUCCUCCAGGACUACUAUGGAGGAAGUGGCACGAGGUGAUCCGAAAUCAUCCCUACUACAAAAACUAUUAUCCGAGUGACUGCGGGCCAAAACUUCGGAAAAUAAAAAUAUAUAUUUAAUAUAUAUCUGAAAAUGUUGAAAAUGAGGACGGUGGCUCGCGGCGCGCAUCAUACAUAAACGUCAUAUACGUAAUAUGGAUACUAUUGUAUUACACCCAAAAUACUACAUGGCAGUAUGCAGAUACGUAUUUGCUGAAUACUAUAAAGAAUAACAUGGGGCACAACUAAAGAAAUCUUCUAAAUAAACAAACUGUAGCCAGCGAAUUUAUUGAUUCAAAAUUGAAAUAAAUAGAUACAUAUAUGCGAGAGGAUUGGACAUACAAGAAAUACUUACAAUAUCUUUGCUUAUAAAACCGCAAUUUUAUUUAUCUAUUUUUUUUCCCUUUUCUAUCUUUAAUCAUUGAUUAAUUGAUUGAUGACAUAUUCGGCCGCAAAUAAAUAUGUAAUGGGUCAUCGGGUAAAAUUCAUCUUUUCAAAAUUUGACUCCUUACACUCGCGCUACAAGUGUCACGUAUUACUCUAUAUUGUGUUCGGUAUCACUGAAGGAAACUACGUAGGUACCUCAAAGGUAUACUUUAAUAUACCACUGGCUGUUGAACAUAGAACUAUUUAUAGGUUUAAUAAUUGUACACAAAAAUAGAGCACUAUCACGUUUUCUCUUAAUUUAAAAUAACAUAUGUUUGAAUAUUAUUACUAUUAUUACUAUUAUUAUUAAUUAUUAUUAUUAAUUUUAUUUUAUUACUAUUAUUUUAUUAUUUCUUAUUAUUGUUAUUGUUACUAUUAAUAUAAUGAUAAUAAUUAUAUUGUAUUAUAAAUAAUAUAUUUGUGAUUGUAAGAAUCUGCAACCAAAAUAUGACAAAGAAUACUUGUUGUUGUUAAUAUGAUUAUAACUAUUAUUAUUAAUUAUUACUGUUACGCCGAUUAUUAUUACAGCUAUCAUUACUAUGAUAAUUAUAUUAUUAGUUUUAUCAUUAUAUCUAUGAUUAUUAUUAUUAUUAUUGGUAAUAUUAAUAUUAUUGAAUAUUUGGCAUAUGCAUAUUUCUAUUCAAUAGUAAGGGUACAGAUAUAAAAAAAAUAUACGUGUAUACCUAUAUAUAUAUAUUUAUUUAUAUGUCAAAAAUAUAUAAAUAUAAAUAUUAACAUAUAUUUAUAAUAUAUAUAUGCAUAUAAAAAAUAUAGAUAAAUAUAUAUAUACUUAUACAAGAGAAAAUUUACCUUCUAUUUUGCAUAGCUCAGUAAUUUGCUCUUCGGGUACUAUCAGAUGUGCACUAAAUUAAUUCUCAACGGCAUCUGUUCUAUGAAUGAUAAGAUAGAAAGAUAUGUACGUACAUAUAUAUACGACUAUAUGUACGUAUGUAUGUGUGUGUAUAUAUUUAUAUAUAUAUAUGAGUUAUGUCGCAGAUAGAUCGAUCAUAUGUGCUUUCUAACGAGGAAUAAUUUUAUAAAUAUAAAUAUAAUAUGGAUGCAUUAUGUAUAUUUAUUAAUAAUUUUCCUAUACGACGUACGAUAUGCACUUUGUUGUACGUAAAAUAAAUAGUGAACAGA